CUGUCACGGCAGCACAAGGUGUAGCAGUGUGAGCAGCCUCCAGCAUGGCACGUCUGGGCCUACCCGUAUUUGUCGCACUGUGCUUUUCUUUGCUUCACUCCAGCUCCGGACGCCCGCCUCGCAUAAGGAAGGCCAUAUCGCCUCGAGCAACGGAGGACGAUGAUGUGAAGGGCCAGCUGGAGAAGUUGUGGCGGGAGGUGAAUUUGCUUAAAGAGAUGCAGGCUUUGCAGACAGUGUGCCUCAGAGGCAUCAAAGUUCACAGGAAGUGCUAUCUCACAGUUGAGGAACCCAAACACUACCACGAGGCUAAUGAAGACUGCAUCGCACAAGGAGGAACUCUUGCAACGCCGCGAGACGCGAUGGAGAACAAUGACCUUCGAGACUAUGCCAAGAGGAGCUCUCCUGGCUCCAAGGACUUCUGGAUCGGCGUGGCAGACAUAGUGAAGGAAGGCCAGUAUGUUGACGUCAACAGUCAACCCGUCAGCUACCUCAACUGGGACCGCUCCAAGAAGCAGCCCACAGGAAGCAAGCGGGAGAGCUGUGUCUCUCUUUCAGUGGCCGCACAGGGCAAGUGGUAUGACGAGGUGUGUCGCAGUUUGAAAAAGUACAUUUGUGAAUAUGUCAUUCCCUAAAGACGUUGAUGCUCUCCUAUGCAAGUCAAGGGGUGAAAGCCAAAGAUAGUAUUACAGUAUUUCCUCAAAUAGUGGUUGCCCGUAAGACAAAUUCAAUUCCCUUAAAUAGACAAAAUCUGCGCUCUGACUUUAUUUCACCCUGAGUAUGCUUGUAAUACUGGUAAUGUUUUAUAACUUUUUAUUUUAAAUUAGAAAAACGGUAGCCUACUGAUUGUUCUGGAUAUGUAUCACCGUGUCGGGCCACCAAGACAUAGACCAGUACACAUUUUAUGGACAAAUGUGAUGAAAAACUUGAUUAACACUAUACAAAAAAUAGAAUGAACUGCUUGUCCACAUUGAACAGCCUGUACAUAUCGGAGAAUGCUUAAUGGUAACUAUUUCAAGCCUUCUGUCAAAGAUAAACAAAGAUGAGGGUCACGAGUUCAAAAAGUUAAUGAGAUCACUCCACAACAUUGUGUAGCCUUGUUUGUGUUGUGUGUCUUCAAUUGUGAACUGACAUUUCGUCGUAGAAGUCUCUCAUCAAUAUAAUACACAAAUUCGUCUAUAUUUGUAAAUGAAACAUAUUAAAAAGAUUUUUCAAAACAAUGAUGUUUUAAACUACUGCAAUCUUGUUUUUCACCAGAAGAGAUCACUAUAACUGAUGCUUCAAGUAAUGAAACUCAUUUUCAAAACAAUUUUCCCAAGCAUCUCAGUAUUUCACAAAAGUUUCAUUUACCCAUCACUAAUGUAUACCGACAGGUAGAAAAAUCUUCCAUUCAAUGGCAAACGGUAUGGUAUAAUAAACGUGGCAUAUGAAUAAAACAUUCAUAAAAAAGAAUGAGUCACAUAUUCCUCUGAGUCCUUCAACUUUGUGUUCAACUUAUCAGGCCUGCAUUUCACACCGAGUAUAAAUAAAUGCAUGAUUAAAUCGAGAUAAGAUCAUUCUCGGAUGAUACUGUGACUUUUUUGUUUGGUGGUGUGCCAAGAGAUUUUUCUCAUGCAAAUUGGGUGUUUUGAGUCCUCCAUGUAUUUAUGAAAUUAAAUCCAAUGUCAAAAUGGCCAC